AUGUUGCCAGAGGACGCGUGCGCGGCUUGCGGCCGCUUGCAGCCGAAGGAGCAGUGCAACAGCUGCACGGCGGUCUUGUACUGCGCCACCGAGUGCCGGCGGGCGCACUGGCCUGUGCACAAGAUAGUUUGCAGCCUCCAGUCUCAAAACUGCAGCUUCCAGAAUAAGCCUUCUGCACCAGAAUCACCUAACGUUACUGCUCGGCGGAUGCUUGUGACCCCGCAGAGCGGGCACCCACUGGCACUGGUGGCCUGCGCGCGCUGGCAGCCGCGGGCCGCCGGCUGGACGCGGAAGGCGCGUGGGCCUCUCAGCAGGCAGCUGAGACGACUGACGCUGCCGUGGCUCUUCCAUGUUUGCACAUUUUUCUAG